AUGGCUGCUUCAACAGUUAACCAAUCCUCAGAGAUCGUUCUUACUGUGAAGAACCAACAAAGGCCUGAAGACCCACCCACUGGACGAACUGUAGAUGAUAAAGAAGCAGUGGUUGCAGCUGAAGCUAAACCUAAGAAGAAGAACAAGUCCCGAAUGAAAGAAAUGGAAGAGUUCUUCAGAUACAAUAGCGAGAGAGAUAAACCAAGCGACGUACGGACAGCCCUCCUCACUGUUGCUGUUCUAAUAGCGACGGCCACGUAUCAGUCUGGGCUUAGUCCCCCAGGUGGUGUGUGGCAGGAAACCAAACCUGAAGCCACUCCCUCAGACAAAUCUGAAGCCACUGCCCCAGGUGGUGUGUGGCAGGCCACUCCCCCAGGUGGUGUGUGGCAGGCCACUCCUCCUGUGGCCACUCCCCCAGGUGGGGAGGAAAAUAAAGAGGUUGCUGGCGUUUCAAUUAUGGGUACAAAGAGCAUUCCCUCGUUUGCAGUAUUCAUGGUUGGGAACUCUGUGGGGUUUUUUAUGUCGCUCUAUACGAUUGAGUUCCUCACACGUGGCUUCCCUCUUCGGAUUGAGUUGACGGUCUGCUUGCUGGCACUAACCGUUACUUAUUGUACAUCCAUGCACGCCGUCAUGCCCCCCAGUGUAAGUCUCAUCGUCACUAUUUUCUAUGGACUAUCUAUUGGUCUUCCCAUCUCCUUACCUUUCAUAGUCCGACAUUUGAGAGACUCCAAGUGUGUUCGCAAAUUCAGGCCUGACAUUAAGCGAAAGCCUGAAAGGGUUACGGAAGGUUCACUGCACUGA